AUGUCUUCUUCUCGUUCAAAUCUAGGUCUAGGGACCAACAUCACGAUACAUACAUACAGCACUCAGAACCACAUUUCCAUCCGUGAUACCCGGCAGAUCGCGGCAAUGGCGGAACUCGUCUACCACAACGGGCACUACCACCACGUCUCCCACCGCGGCGAUCGGCAUCGUCCCAGGCGCAACGACGACUGGAGCCUCAUCAAGUUCUGGGACGAGGUGCUCUACAACAUUGGCGAUCUCUACUACAAAGUGCGCCGGCGAUAA